AUGGCGGCUGGAUUUCUCCGACCGAGUCCAGGAGAGGCGGAAAAGCUCAAACAAGAGGAGCAAAAGAAGCAAAAGGUGCAGCGCCUACAGCAGAUUCGGGAGCAGGAGAAGCGGAUCGCAGCAGAACGGCGACGACGUUACAGGGCAGCUGCCGGCACUGAGUGGGGCGAUACCAUUGACCAACUGGAGGAGAAAUGGGCUUUGCAGCGCGACGCAUUGUUAGGAUCUCUCACAGACUUAGAACGGCGACAUGUCCGCGCUGCAGGUACGGCGCAUCAUGAUGCAAGUAGCUUCCUAAUGGCUGAGCGAAAGGCCUUAGAACAUUUGAGGGCCACAGCCGCCGCGAGACAGGAACAAGAGAUGCAGCGUGGUGCUGAGGCUCGGAUAGAGCGAGACCAUGAGACGACUGCCCGGCUUGCCCCCACCAUUCGGAAGCGAGCGAUCUUGGAGCAAACGAGGAAGAAGGAGAAUGAGCGUGCAGUCCAACUAGCCCAAUUAUACCGAGAGCGAAAAGCUGCCAGUGCACCAGACGUAGAAAUACCAUCAAUGCCUGUGCCACGCACAUUGCUGUCAAGCCGAACGUUUGAGAGUUUCGACAAGACGUGCCUACACCGGGACUUUGCAGCAACUCGUUGUGACCCCACCGCGCGUAGAACAGAUGCAUGGACACAAGCUGACAAGGUCGUCAAGAUGAGAAUAGAAAACGAGGUAUUCCAUAGAGAUAGAGAACAUCUCCUAAAACAGAAAGCGGCGGAGCGCUAUAAGGAAGCCGUACGCGGCAUUCACAUGGAGGAGCGAAAGAAAUCAUUGCUCAAGGCAUUAGACGUCUUAUACGACCAGGAUCGGAAGCGAAAGUCACGAGCCACCGUCUCUGAUAUCAACCAUCCAAAUAUUUAUGCAAUGGAGACACGAUUUUCCGAACUUUUUGAUCUCGAUACCUGAGCAUUCGUAACAUGUUCAUCAUGUGCCUGCCCUGAUAGCGCAACUUGUAUCGUCGUGGCUCCCCAAUAGAGCGAAGUGAACUUCGUUCCACAGCGCUUAGGUAACUAACUAGUGGCCAGCAGAGUGGUCCACCCCUUUUUCGUUUCGGUUCGGUCCCUUUGUGACCAGCUGCCAUACAGCUAUCGGUCCGAAGAUGUGCUUUGUACAAUACACACGUCAGAGAACCAAAGUUUGUCGUCAGUGCACGAUUUGACAGAGCUGGUUAUGUCGGAUAUCGAAAAAAUCAUGUGGAUGUGUGCACCCGCGCACCAAAUAGGG